AUGCUUCAAUCGGUUUUCCUCAUUGGUUCGUUGGUGGCUAUUGCCUUCGGUCAAACAUGUGAUCCACUCAAGGUUACUGCUCCUUGCGGAGCCGGGCUCCCGGACUGCCAAACCGGCUCAACCUGUGACACCGCUCAAGGCAGUUGCUGUUUGAACGCUGAUCUUAUCGGUGUGACUGUCACUGUCGCUGGUGUCGACGCCACUGCCACCGCCCAAUCCACCACCACCGUCUUCGGAAAUACCGCAACCUCCCGUACCGUAACCUCCCGUACCGUAACCUCACGCACCGGAUGUGUCGACCGUGUCAACGCGGCGACCGGAACCUCCGACUGCGCCGCCCGUAGAAAUCUGUGCAACGACGCCACGUACUAUGACAUCAUGACCCAACAAUGCCCAAAAACGUGUGGACGUUGCUCAUCGAUCUCGACGACACCAGCCACCGGAACUUGCGUCGAUUUGAAGAAUCCAAGAACUGGAAGCUCGGAUUGCGCUAGCAUGAGAGCUUACUGUAACGACUCCAACUAUAUCGCCUUGAUGAGAGUUCAGUGCCCAAGAACUUGCGGAUUCUGCGGAAGCUCCUCCUCCACCUCGUCAUCGACUAUUAGAACUGGAAGCUCCACUAUCUCUUCAGGAACCUGUGUCGACCAAGUCAACCCAUCCACCGGUCGUUCCGAGUGCGCUGCCAAGAUCGGUCUCUGCAACAACUCCGCCUACCAAACCAUCAUGCGCACCCAGUGCCCAAGAACUUGCGGAUUCUGCACCUCACCUCCGGAUAAUUCAGCUACACGAUUGGAUAAUUCAGCUGCACGAUUAGUAAUCAGCCCAAGAACUUGCGGAUCCUGCAUCUCCGGAUAA